AAGAAAAAGAAAGAAAGAGAGAGAAUGGGUCACUUCUCAUCUCUUGGUGAUCACAAGACUACCCACUUUAGAAAAGUCCGUGCUCUUCCUUUUUAUUGUCCUUCUGUUCAACUUGACCACAUGAUUUAUUUUUUUUUUUGAUUUUGAUGCAAAACCUGUAUAUAGCCCGACUAAUUACGAAUGAGAGACCUUGUUUUGUAUGUAACAAAUUCUCCAAUGUUGUCUUGACUUUAGCAGACAAUAGCAACACAGAUUGGUUUCCAGUAUGUAAAAGUCACCUGGGUGAUGUCAACUUUUGUACAAAACUGGGUGGUUCUUCCAAGCCUACCUCGCCUCAACUAAAGGCUGCAAAAAGGGAAAAGUUGGAAGCACGAAAGCCAGAGAGUGAUAGUGUGAGUGAUUUAGUGUCGACAUUAGGGUCUGCUUGGAAAUCAUGGAGGUCUUCCAAAGAUACAGAUAAAGGAGAAGAAAAGAAAGAAGACAAGAAAGAAGACAAGAAAGAAGAGGAAGGGUCAGAAGUAGAAAAGAAGGAGGAAAAGAUAGAACAACAACAGCCAGUACGAUUCAUUUUGCAAAAGGAUUACUUUUAUCUGCGUCAGCGUGAAUAUACAAAAAGGAUUCAAAAGAAAGAAGCAGAGGAGCGAUUAAAGAAGUUGCAGUUUCCAGAAGUACCUAAAAAAGAUCCACUUAAGAAAUAAUAUGCGUACACUUUAUUCACAAACUGUAAAUAAAUAAGAGCCCACCAGUAAACAAUAACCAAGAUCAUUUUACGUAAUUUUAUGCUUACACUCUAUUCACAAAUAAUAAUAAAAGAGACAACAAAUAAUCACAAAAGUCCAUCAGAAGCAA